GGAAUUGUAGUCCUCGAGCGGGUUGGCUAAAAGUGGCUACGCUGCGGCACUUGACGAACGUGCUGCCGCCUUCGCUGCUGCUCUUUCCAAACGAAGUGGCGCCGCCAUUUUCUCUGGCGGACCAAGAUUCUGCAGAGAAGGCCUCUCGGGCAUACCUGAACAGCCAGAUUUCACCCCAUCUCGCCUGGAAGUUUAAUUUAAGAUGAGUGGCUGUCGUGUCUUUGUUGGACGUCUAAGUCCGCAUGCCCGAGAGCGAGAUGUGGAGAAAUUUUUUAAAGGAUAUGGCCGUAUACGUGAAAUCAAUCUGAAAAAUGGCUUUGGUUUUGUGGAAUUUGAAGAUCACAGAGAUGCAGAUGAUGCAGUGUAUGAAUUGAAUGGUAAAGAACUGUGUAAUGAAAGAGUUACCAUUGAACAUGCCAGAGCUCGAAGAGGGGGCAGGGGCAGAUAUCCUCAACGAUUCAAUUAUUACCAAUCCUAUGCAGGUGGAUCUAGCCAGUAUGGUCCGCCUCUUCGUACUGAACACAGACUUAUAGUUGAAAACCUUUCUUCACGUGUUAGCUGGCAGGAUUUGAAAGACUUCAUGAGAAAGGCUGGAGAAGUGACUUUUGUCGAUGCUCACAGAAACAAUCCAAAUGAAGGUGUUGUAGAGUUUGCAUCGUCUAGUGAUAUGAAGAGUGCAUUGGACAAACUGGAUGGCAGUGAGUUGAAUGGACGCAGAAUUAAACUAAUUGAAGAUCGCAAAAGGCGCAGAAGCAGAUCCCGUUCACGAAGUUAUUCAAGAUCUCGCAGCAAAUCUAGAUCUGCAAGGUCUUCCAAGUCAAGCAGCAAGUCUCGGUCUCGCAGCCGUACACCUGAGAAGAGAAGCUCUCGCAGCCGUACACCUGAAAGGAAGAGCUCUGAGAAAAACCACCACUCUGGCCCACAGAAUUCCUCUCCGUCUCCUCCUCCAGCCAAGAAGAGGUCUCGCUCUAGGUCAAGUUCUGCUGAAAGCCGCAGUUAAGGUAUUUUGAGAGAUGUAUAAAUGUUUCAUUUCUAAGUCAAAUUUUUCUACAAGCUUGAAAUAAGUUGCAGGUGUGUGUAGGGAGGAAAUUCAUCAGGUGAGCAUAGACAUCUGAAGUGUGGAUGUAAACUCCCACCCCAUCCUUAAUGGAACUGGGUAUCUUGUAAUUAUUAACUAAAAAAAAAUUGAAUUGUCAAAUUGUAAUUACCCAAAUGUGUUAUGUACUGCUUUAGGUAAAUUGUUGCUGGCUAAAGCAGCAGUCAUAGGGGGGGAGGGGGUGUCCUUGCUGUUGAAUAUAAUGAACUUAAGAUGUGGACUGUGGUACCACUUUUCAAAAUCCUUUGGCUGUGUUUCUGGUUUGCACAGGGAUUACCUCCUAAUUGGCAUUUUCACAUAUUUAGUUGAACUGCACUGGCCACUAACAUGCAAUGUAAAGAAGUUCCAGCUAACAUUCACAUUAUACAUGCAUCCUUUUGUAGUGCACAAGGGGAUAGUUGGAUUGUGAAUGUGUGAUCUUUAUUCUGAACUAGUAUUUACAUAAAUAGUAGUCAGCCAUGGAGGAUGUGUAAAAUGUUACCUGGCAAAGUGAAAGUGGAGCAUUUUUAAAAAUCCUAGUUAGAACAAUCCUUGGACAAGAAGUGUGUGUUCUAUAUUAGGUUGCAUCUGGAUAGGGUAAGGUUUUCAGAACCUUUUUCCUGUUGUGAAUGACCCAAACAGAAGGGGAAGUUGUCCAAUAAGUAGAUGCAACUUGUAGUCUAAGAAGGCCUCUUCUCAUGGAAGGGGAGCCCUUUGGAAAUUAGCAUACACGCAUUUUGCUGGAAUUCCUAUUUUAAGGUCAAGAAGAGAGCUUGUUUUGCUGAAUAGCUACCAGAGAGUAGCAUUACAAAGUACAGGUACACAUGGUACAUGUAGUAGCAGUUUGUCAACUUUAAGUAGGGAGGAUUAUUUUUGAAUUGUCCACACAGACUUCCACUAAAGGCUUAAUGUGAUGUGAAUUUAUUAAUGCUGAAGGUAAAAGGGCAUCUUUCUUAGGUUUACAAAUAUGCUUUUGUUUUUGUUAGUAGGUGGUAGAUUGUUAGUCCUUAACUAUAUUGUGGUCACAAAAUUAUCUGGCUUCCAGUUACCUAAAAUGAGGGAAUCUGCUUGAAAUAUUUGUAAAUUGGCCCCUAAAAUGUUUAAAUGUAUUGAUGUGAUACAGUAAAUACAAUAAAUGUUUUCCCCCGGCUUACUGCA